AUGGCCACAUCAACACUCUUCCCCGGCGUCGCUCUCAUCACCGGUGCCGCCUCUGGCAUCGGCCGCGCAACAGCCCGGCUCUUCGCCAGAGAAGGCUGCCGCAAACUCAUCCUCGCCGAUCUCAACAAACACGGGCUACAAGAAACGCACGACAUGAUUGCAUCAACCCACAAAGGUGUCUGCAUCCAAGUCUCCCCCACAGACGUAACGCUUGAGUCGUCCGUGUCGGAGAUGGUGCGCCGCGCGGUGUCGCAGUUCCAACGCAUCGAUUACGCGGUCAAUGCGGCGGGUCUGAUGAGUGUGCCGCGCAAGUCGCAUGAGACGACGCUGGAGGAGUUUGAGAGGAUCAAUUCGGUGGAUUAUAGGGGGCUUUGGCUUUCGUGUCGGGGGGUGAUUAGGCAGAUGCGGAUGCAGGAGCCUUUGGGGACUCAUGAUGGCCGGCCGGGGAAUAGGGGGGCGAUUGUGAAUGUUGGGAGUGUGUUGGGGCAGGUUGCGAGGCCUAAUGCUGCACCGUACUGCGGUGCCAAAGGGGCUGCCAUCAGCAUUACACAGGCUGAUGCGCUUGAUUACUCUGCAGACAAUAUCAGAAUAAAUUGCGUUCUCCCUGGCGUUAUCCAGACUCCUAUGAUCGAGCAUAUCUUGGAGUACUAUCGGCCGGAAAUUAACAUGCAGGCAUUGGGAAGACUUGGGACUGCGGACGAGAUUGCGGACUGUAUUCUGUUUCUGUGCAGCAGUAAAGCUUCGUUUGUGCAGGGGGCGGCUUUUGCAGCGGACGGGGGGUACACAAUUCGAUAG